AUGGCCAACAUUGUGGUAAAGACCAUCUGGCAAUCCAAGGAAAUAAAUGAGGCCGGAGACACACCAACAGGUAUUGAAAGUCGGGCCCAGAGCAGCAAGGAUCAGCUUGGAAAAACUACUAGCAUCAAGGGCUUUCCCAAAAAAAAGAAAGCCGUCUCUUUCCAUGGAGUCGAGCCCCAUUUUACUAGUGAAAGUCCCAAUCUGAAUUUGAAGCGUUCUUCUGCUUGCACUAAUGUUUCUCUUCUGAAUCUAACUGAUGGGGAACGUGAUGAUUCCACCACGGAGAAUGAAUCCACAGAUGACGGAGGCUUACCAGGGGGAGCAGGAGGCGAAAGACGGGAUCCUCUAUUUCCCAUCAAGCCAGCUUGGUCAGAAGAUGAAGAUGAUACUUCCAACCAGCAGGAAGUGAGCAAUAGUGGCCUUUUGCGAGCCAAGGACUCCAUUACCAGUCUCAAGGAAAGGACAUCUAAGGUCAACCACCAUCUUCAGAAUCUGCAGGAAAGCUGCCGAAAGGUGACAAAAUCUGUGGAGGAUGCUGAAAUUAAGACCAGUGUGCUGGAAGAAAAUUCAGCCCUCUUGGAGGAGAAACUGCGUAACUUGCAGCAACAAGUUCAAGUAGAAGACUUUCGUUGGUAAGACCUCAUAGCAGUUGCAGGAAUAGGGGUGGCAAGUGGGGUCUCCAAACAACUUUUGGACUUAAUAGGCAGAAUAGUAACGGUACCCUCAAUAUCAGCCAUCUAUGAAGAGAGUGAUGCUGUUUGGUUGGCAUCAAUGGGAAGUGGCCAAUUGUGAGCAGGUCUUGGGGAUAAGAUGGGCAUAGUUGAAAAACCAAGCAUGGCUUCCACCUUGACUUGCCUUGCUCUGCUGGGAGAGUCUAGGAAAUGUAUGCUGGAGCUGGCCCAGAAGGAGGCAUUGCGACUGUUGGCCCAGCUGGGAGUACGCUUGGAAGGGGUUCUUCCCCAGCGGGAAAGGACACAGGUGGAACAAGGCCAGGAGCUCAGGAUGCUGCGGGAGGAACUGGAUGAAGUCUCUACCACGGCAAAACGGACUUCAGUAUCUCUCACUCAGCUUCGGGCAGACCUGGAUGGCCUUCUAGAAGAUAUAUCCCGACAUCUUGCAACACUGAAGAAUAUGGAAGCAUCUGACCGGCCUCCUAAUUGUGCUAGAUGUUCCAGCUACAGCAUUGUGAAUACAGAGGUGCUGCGAAAGAUGUUUGAACAUGCGAUGGCACCCAUUUUGGAGGAGCUGAAGCAGCGGACCCAAUCAGAAGGCAUAUGCCCCAGCUGCCAGCGUUUGCAGAAGACGAUGACACACUACAGCAUUGUGAAUACAGAGGUGCUGCGAAAGAUGUUUGAACAUGCGAUGGCACCCAUUUUGGAGGAGCUGAAGCAGCGGACCCAAUCAGAAGGCAUAUGCCCCAGCUGCCAGCGUUUGCAGAAGACGAUGACACAGUGA